CUAGGUCUAACCUAAAAUUCAAAUUCAGAAUAAUAGUACAUUGACGAGAACCUCCAUAAUAUAAUUUUAAAGUAUUCAUUUUAAUUAUAUUUGUGAUAAUCACCUCUUGCUUGUGUAACCAGGAUCUUAACUUUUGCAAUUAAUGCUUGGAAUAAUAUACGGAGGAAGCUGGAAGAUAUGGAGCCAGUAGAAAUGGAAGAAAAACAAGUGAAACCAUCCAUGGAGUCAGAAAUCAUUGAAGAUGAAAUAACAGACAAAGUAGUCAAUGAAAUCCAUUCCUUUCAUGUAAAUGAUCAAUCGUCAUCCCCUAGGGACUCUAGUUCGGGUGUAAGUGAUACUCAAAACAGCAGUAAAAGGAAGCUUGAUAAUCAUUCUGAUGAACAAAGUUUAGAAGCAAAAAAACGUAAAUGGAAUGAUCUUUGGCAAGCCAUAGAAAUACCGCCAGAGUUAUCAAAAAGGCAAAGGAAGAAAUACAUUAGAAAAGUUCUAUGGGAAACAAAAUGGAAGCCUGAAAAAAGAGCGAAAGAAAAGGAAAAACUUAAACAAAAGAAAUUGCAAGCUAAGUUGGAAAAUAAACCAUUAGGACCUUCCAGAAAUAUGUUGAAGCAUUCAACAAUGGCCAAAAGUAACUGCAAACUUAGAAUCACGUUAGACUUUUCUUUUGAUGACCUAAUGACUGAAGCAGACAUUGGAAAAUGUCUAAAACAGUUAAACAAUUGCUAUUGCCUUAACAGAAGAGCUACAAAUCCUCUUCAGUUACAUGUUACUAAUUUUUCUGGUAAGGCGAAGAUUCAGUUCGAUAAAACUACUCCUUACAAAAACUGGGAUGUGAACUUUCAUGAAGCGAACCAUUUAGAAGUGUUUUCAAAAGAAGAUCUUGUAUACUUGACAAGUGACUCUGAUAAUGUUUUAUCAACAUUAGAUCACUCUAAAGUAUAUGUCAUCGGAGCCCUAGUCGACCACAACAAGUACAAAAAUCACACUCUGGAAGUAGCGAUUAAACAAGGUAUACAGCACGCACAGUUGCCAAUUGGAGAGUACUUAGAAAUGAAAACUCGAAAAGUGCUUACCAUAAACCACGUGUUUGCAAUUAUGAUUCAUGCAUCAGAAGGAACUUCUUGGAAAGAUGCUCUUUUAAAAGUAAUUCCUCCGAGAAAAGGUGCUGUUGAAAAGUUAUCAGCAGAAGGAACUUAGCAAAGUAGUUGCAAUAAGUUUAUAUACAGACUUUUUAAAAGCUUAAUAAAAUACAGGGACGGAUUAGAUUAAUUUGCUUGUAUCUUUUUGCUUUCCUUACACCCUAAUUUAGAGGAGAGUUAUCCCCUUAUCCUUGGGAUCAUAAUAUUCAAUAUAUCAUACCAUGUGCUCAAGAUUAAUUAUCAAGAUUUGUGAAGA